AUGGCCUCCGACGCGAAAUCCACCGGCUCGACCAAGCUCGACGCUGUCGUCCAGAAUGUCAAGGCUGCCGAGCCUCAGAAACUGAGCGGCCUCGCCCUCUACUCCCGCUUCGCCCUUGCCGGCGCCAUCUGCUGCUCCGUUACUCACGGUGCCCUGACUCCCGUUGAUGUCGUCAAGACCCGUAUCCAGCUUGACCCCGCCACCUACAACCGCGGCAUGAUUGGCGGCUUCCGCCAGGUUGUCCAGAGCGAGGGUGCUGGCGCUCUCCUCACUGGUGCCGGUCCCACCUUCGCCGGUUACUUCCUCCAGGGUGCCCUGAAGUUCGGUGGUUACGAGUUCUUCAAGCAGCAGGCCAUCAACAACCUUGGCUACGAGACUGCUUCCAACAACCGUACCGCUGUUUACCUAGCCUCUUCCGGUGCUGCUGAGUUCUUCGCCGAUAUUGCCCUCUGCCCUCUUGAGGCUACCCGUAUCCGUCUCGUCUCCGAGCCCACCUUUGCCAAGGGUCUUGUUGACGGUAUGGGCAAGAUGCUCAAGACCGAGGGUCUCGGCGCCAUGUACGCUGGAUUUGGACCCAUUUUGUUCAAGCAGAUCCCUUACACCAUGGCCAAGUUCGUCGUCUUCGAGAAGGUCUCUGAGGCCGCUUUCCGCACCUUCCCCAAGGAGAACCUCUCCCCCUCUGCCCAGACUGGUGUCAACCUGGGCUCUGGUCUGAUGGCCGGUUUCGCUGCUGCCCUCAUCUCCCAGCCCGCCGACACCAUGCUGUCCAAGAUCAACAAGACUAAGGGUCUCCCCGGUGAGGGCACUACCUCGCGUCUCAUCAAGAUUGCCAAGGAGCUCGGCAUCAAGGGCUCUUUCACUGGUGUCGGUGCCCGUCUCGUCAUGGUCGGUACCCUGACCGCUGGUCAGUUCGCCAUCUACGGUGAGAUCAAGAAGGCUCUCGGUGCCACCGGCGGCGUUGAGAUCGCCAAAUAA